AUGUGGUCAAUAUUAUCUAAUUAAGCCCAAUAGACUAUUAAGAUAAAUUGUAUGGGCCAAAUAAAUGGGCAGAGGCCCGUGUUGCUUGUUAGGGUUUAAUGGGAGCCCUAGCUAGACCAACACACUCUAUAAAUAGGCUAUGGUCCCCAAUACAUUGAACUACACCAAUUCACUUCUCUUCUCCCCAUCGGAAGAGAGACUUAGGCCUCGGGUUCAAUUGAGGAAGAUCCAGACGCCAUCUACCUUGUUCCAUUCCUCCUGCGGCAUCGCUAUGGAUCCAGUUGCUACCGCCAAUGCUCCUAAUUUUACCACUCAAGUCAAUGGAAUCCCGAUGCUUAAUGGAACAAAUUUCAAGUCUUGGAAAGAGGCUGUAGAAUUUGUUUUAGGAUGCAUGGAUUUAGAUCUGGCAUUAAGGACGGAGCGACCCACUUCCACUCCAGAAAACUCUAAUGAGGCGAAAAUUGAGAAGUGGGAUCGGUCCAACCGGAUGUGUCUAAUGAUUGUGAAGCGCACCAUUCCUGAGGCGUUUCGAGGCUCAAUUACGGAGGGUGAGAAUGCAAAAAGGUUUCUAAUGGAAAUUGAGCGAUUAUUUGCCAAGAAUGAAAAGGCUGAGACAAGUAGCCAUUUGGCUAAACUUGUCUCUAUGAGGUAUUCUGGCAAAGGAAACAUUCGUGAGUACAUUAUGGAGAUGUCUAAUCUCGCGUCAAAACUCAAGGAACUAAAGUUAGAGCUACCUGAGGAUUUGCUCGUUCACUUGGUUUUGAUCUCUCUUCCGGCCUACUUUGGGCAAUUCAUAGUGAGCUAUAACACUCAAAAGGACAAAUGGUCCCUUAAUGAGCUUAUAUCUCAUUGUGUGCAAGAGGAAGAGAGGCUGCAGAGAGAUAAGACAGAGAGUGCUCAUUUUGCUUCAACAUCUCACAAUAAGAAGAGAAAGAAGCAUGUGGUUGGUGCGGAAAAUUCUUCAAAGAAGAAGGCGAAGAAACAAGGUGAGGCAUUUGCUUGUUUUUUCUGCAAGAAAUCUGGACACACAAAAAGGGAGUGUUCUAAGUACGCCGCUUGGCGUGUGAAGAAGGGUUUGCCUGUGGAGUCGUCCACCAAAUGAUGCUGAAAAGUAUAUUUAUGUUGGUGAUGACUGAUGACAAUAAAGUGAAGUUCAAGCUAGAAGAAUUUUUUGAAUUAUUUUAUAAGGACUUGUUUUUUAUUUAUUUGAAUUUUAAUUGAGACAUUUUGUUACACCGUCUAUUAGGCGGUAUUUUAAUUAGUAUUUCUAUGUUGGACAAAUAAGGUUCCUAUUGUUCCUUCGGAAAUAAUAAAGUAAGUCUCUUUUAUAAUUCA